AUGGAAGACGUAGAAGAUGAGCCUAUUGAUGUUUUGAUGGAAUCCGAUACUGAGAAUAUUACGGAGUUUGUGAAUGUAGUCGAAGACGAAACAUCAGGGGGGAUGGGUUACAAGUGCCUGAGGUGGGUAUGCUAUUUAAGCAUGAAGAAGAUAUGUAUAACUUCUACAAAAAAAUAUGCUUAUGCCGUUGGUUUUCCCGUGAAAAAAAGGAAUUCAAAGAAGGGGGAGGAUGGAGUAUUGAGAUACCUAACGUUAACAUGUAGUCGUGAAGGACGAUUAAAUGGUAAUACUAGUAGUUCACUGAAGCCGCAACCAACAGUUAAGAUGGGUUGUAAAGCAAGGAUAGCUGCAUCUUUAGAUAUCCUGGGAAAUUGGAGAAUUAAUGCGGUCCACCUAGAGUACAAUCAUGAGACAAGUCCAUCUAAGUUCAGGUUAUAUCGAUGCAACCGAACUUUGACUGCACAUGUGAAAAAGAAGCUUGAAGUGAAUGAUUUAGCACGGAUUCCAUUGCAUAAGAGUUACAAUUUCGCAGUUGUAGAAGCCGGUGGAUAUGAGAACAUGACUUGCAUUGAAAAAGAUUGUUGGAACUAUGUCGAACGAGUUAGGCAAUUACGACUUGGAGAGGGCGACGCUGUAGCAAUACAAUCAUACUUUUCAAGAAUGCAAGCUCAAUAUAAUCGAUGUAGGCUAGUGUACAAGGAGUUUGAUGAUGUGGUUACUUUUGAUACCACAUAUCUUACUAAUAAGUAUGACUUGCCAUUCGCCCCCUUUGUUGGCGUCAAUCAUCACGGACAGUCAACAUUACUUGGUUGUGGGUUACUGUCGAAUGAGGACACUGAGACCUUCGUAUGGUUGUUCAGAACAUGGCUUCAGUGUAUGUAUGGUGAAGCUCCACAGGCCAUAAUUACCGAUCAGGAUAGAGCCAUGCAAAAUGCAAUUGAGAUUGUCUUCCCGAAGACGAAGCAUAGAUGGUGUUUGUGGCAUAUUUUGAAGAAGCUCCUGGAAAAGUUUGGAUACCACGUGGAUAAGGGUUUGAUAUUUGGGGCUAUACAUGAAUUAGUGUAUGAUUCACAGUUGGAACAAGAAUUUGAAGAAGGUUGGAUGGCAAUGAUUAACACCUAUAGUUUGCAGCAAAAUAAUUGGUUGUCAGGAUUAUAUGAGAAUAGAGGGCGUUGGGUGCCUUGUUUUUUGAAAAUAACUUUUUGGGUAGGAAUGUCAACAACACAGAGAAGCGAGAGUAUGAAUGCGUUCCUCGAUGGAUAUGUGCAUUCGAAGACAUUGUUGAAGCAAUUCGUCGAACAGUACGAAAGUGCUCUUAGGAAUAAGGUCGAGAAGGAACUCCAAGCUGAUUUCAAGUCGUUCUCUCAAAUGAUACCGUGUGCAACACAGUUCGAAAUGGAAGAACAGUUUCGAUCAGUUUACACGAUAUCGAAAUUUCGGGAAGUUAAAGAAGAUUUCACGGGUAAGAUCUACUAUAACGUCAUAUCUACAUCAGAAGGAUCUUCUAAGACGACUUAUAAUGUACGGGAGACUAUUAUGUAUGGUGGUCGUUGCAAGAGAAAAAAUUGCGUCGUGUCAUUUGUGAGAAAUAAUUGCGAAGUUGUUUGUAGCUGCCACUUGUUUGAGUUUAGAGGAAUACUUUGUAGGCAUACAAUAGUGGUUCUGGACUUGAACAACGUCACAUGUAUUCCAGAUCGGUAUAUUUUGCGGAGAUGGAGGAGGGACGUUCGUAGAGCACACACGAGAGUUCCAGUAAACUAUGCAGGGUUAGAGACUACUCCUGCAUAA